AAUGUAAUGCUGUGUAGUGUGAGAACAGACAGGAAUAUAAAGAGGGAAAGGCUUCAGCAGGAGAAGAGAAAAGUUUCAGAUAUACAGCGGAGUAACCAGCAGCAUUCACCAUGUCAUUUUAUCAGGUCAAGGAUUCCCCUCGACCUGAACUGUUUGAUUUCCAUGGAGUUCCAAUGUCCCACUUUUUCACAGACAACUGGGAGAACAUCCAAAACUUUCAGGCCAGGCCCGAUGAUAUACUUAUUGCAACAUACCCCAAAGCAGGAACCACCUGGGCCUCCUACAUUCUGGACCUGCUGUAUUUUGGUCAGCAAGAGCGCCAGACAUCCGUCCCAAUCUAUGACAGGGUGCCUUUCUUGGAGGCUUUCUUCCCGCCUCAUCAUUCAGGAAAAGAUCAGGCGGACAACCUCCCCACAUCUCCUCGACUCAUCAAAACUCACUUUCCGGUCCAGUUUGUGCCUAAAUCCUUUUGGGAACAAAACUGCAGGAUAGUCUACGUUGCCCGCAAUGCCAAAGACAACAUGGUGUCUUAUUUUCACUUUGACCGCAUGAACCUAGCUCAGCCAGAGCCUGGAGAAUGGAGCAACUUCUUCCAGAGAUUCAUGGAGGGAAAGAUGGUGUUUGGAUCGUGGUACGACCAUGUGAACGACUGGUGGAAAAAGAAAGAGAGUUAUCCAAAAAUCCAUUACAUGUUCUAUGAAGACAUGAUUGAGGAUACUGGACGGGAGAUAGACAAACUCUGCAGCUUUCUUGGUUUGUCUCCUUCUGCAGAGGACAAGAUGAAGGUUACAGGGGGGGUGCAGUUUGACAAUAUGAAAAAGGACGGCAUGGCAAACUAUUCUACGAACCCAGUUAUGGAUUUCAAGAUUUCUCCUUUCAUGAGAAAAGGGAAAGUUGGUGACUGGAAGAACCAUUUCACUGUGGCCCAGAGUGAACAAUUUGAUGAAGACUACAAGAAAAAGAUGAAGGAUGCAACACUUCAGUUCCGCACUAAAGUUUGAACAGAACUGGUGCUGUGUAUUUUUGGGGAUCAAUGACUGACUGGGCAUGAGUCUUCUCUGUGAGACAAUCAAAAUAUAUGUACUCUUAUAGUAGAACCGUAGAAUCUAUGUUUAUUAUACAUGAGGCUUUACAAAUCUCCAGGAUUAUUAUUACAUGAUAAAGAGCCUCACAUUUAUCAUUAUUAAUCCCAAAGCCCUAACAGAAUAACCAUAAAAGAACAUUAAAAAAAUACUAUAGCACAUGUUAAAGAAAGUAAUGUUCAAAUUGAAGUUAUUGUUCUCAUUGUCCAUUUGUCCUUUCUGCAGAAGUGGGAUAACUGUAUUGCUUUGUAUAUGAUAUUUGUAUAUUUGUAAUUAAACAACAGCUCCUUCAUGUGGUUCAUUUCGUUUUCGUCUUCUUCCGAGACGUUAAAUAAAUAAUAAAAAACAGAGAUACAGGACAAGCUAGAAAGAGACUGGCACUUAAAAACUAAAACGUCAUGCUUUUAUAACCUUCUGCGGGAGUCUCAUCCACCCAAAUGUGUAGGCCUUAAGAUAUGCUGGGAGAAGGACAUAGAGGAAGAGAAAACUGGUGAAACAUGGGGGGAAAUUAUUGGGUCAUGGUUUAAAGUUUCAAGGGAAAUACAGAUAUGUCUGAUUAAUUGUAAAAUCAUCAAUAGAACAUAUUGGACCCCAAGUAAAAUGGCAAGGCUAGGACUCAGAGGCUCCGACUUGUGUUGGAGAUGUGAUACUACAUGUGGCACUCUACUGCACAUGUUGUAUUCAUGCCCCAUAAUAGAUAUCUUAUGGUCGAAGAUUAUUACCUUCAUUAAUACAGUAAUGGCUUCCUCUCUGGUACAGGGACCAAUGAUUUGCAUACUAGGUAUGGUACCAAAGGAAAGUGGUUUGAAUGCCCACCAGAUCUCAUGGUGCAGAUCAGAAUAGCACUUAUUACUGGAUGUAGGAUAGUGUUGCAACAUUGGAAAGCUAAAGGGGAUAUAUCCCUUAAGGAAUGGAUGGACGAAAUAGCCAAAAUCUCCUCCUAUGAAAGAUGAUGUUAUAAGAUGAUGGAUAGAAUAGAUAUAUACAUGAAAAUAUGGCUUUUGUGGCGGUGACUUGAAGUGCUGGAGAGCUCCCCCCUUUCAAAUAAUUGAAAACAUGAAAAUAAAGUUACAAUGUGAUGUACUAUGUAUUUGAUAAAUAUAAUGUGUUGUAUUUCAGUAUGUGCAGGAUGGUUUGCAUACCGCGUAUCAUGUAUAUCGUGUAUACCAUGGAUGAUGCUCUCCCUCUGUGAUGUUCCCUUUGUCCGUCUUUUCUGUUCUUGUACUGUGGUACUUUGAUAUGUUGAUAUGUGAUACAUUUAGCAGGCUGUGUUGGCAUGUAUGUUUUCUUUGUCUGAAAAAACAAAGAAAAAACAUCUGAAUCAUGUUAAUGUUGUACUGCACUGUAACUUUUAUUCAUAAGUGUUUAUAUUAUUAUCCUUGCUUUUUAAUUGCCUAUUUAUAAUGUGUUUCCACUGCACUAUUUCUUAAUGCUCUCAAAGUCUUUCACUUUUGUACCUUACCUUACCUUACAGCCUGAUUUAUCCAGACUUUGUUAUAUAGUAUUUUACCUAGAAAUGGGUAUGGUUAAGAUUUUAACCGUGCUACUUGGCCCCAACACUGCUUAUCGAUCCAGUACUUUAACGGUAUUUUUAUCGGUUCUUUUUUUGUAUUUUUAAGGAAAGAACCAAACAAAUUGUAAACACAAUAAACAUUGCUUUAUUUGA